AUAAUUAGAGGGCGCUAUUCACUCAACUAAAAACAUGGCGAGCGAGAAAACGUGCAUCACCGUUGGUUGCGAGAAGGGUUCCCGUUUGCAAUGCCCAACUUGCAUCAAACUGGGAAUUCAGGGAUCUUACUUCUGCUCCCAGGAAUGUUUCAAGGAGAACUGGGCAGAUCACAAACAGGUUCAUAAGAAGGAACGCAUCAACCAGCAGCUGAAUACAAAGAUCUACAAUCCAUGGCCGGGGUAUAUGUUCACUGGCAAGCUGCGUCCAUACCCUUUGUCGGAAUCUCGUACUGUUCCAGAAGGCAUCGGGAGGCCAGAUUAUGCGGAUCACCCUGAAGGUUAUCCAACGACUGAGAUGGCAGUCAAAGGAAGCACUCAGAUCCGAUGUCUGACCGCCGAGGAGAUUGAAGGUCUCAGGGUUGCAUGCAGGCUUGGCAGGGAGGUGUUAGACAUAGCCGCAGCCAUGGUCAAGCCGGGCGUCACCACCGAUGAAAUCGACGAAGCCGUCCACAAGGCGUCUGUAGAGAGAAACUGCUACCCGUCGCCUCUCAACUAUCAUAAAUUUCCCAAGUCAUGUUGCACGUCCGUAAAUGAGGUUAUAUGUCACGGCAUACCCGACAAGCGACCCAUGGAGGACGGAGACAUCAUGAAUGUUGACAUCACCGUUUACCACAAUGGUUUCCAUGGCGAUCUGAACGAGACGUUCUUUGUUGGCAAUGUCGACGAGAAGUCUAAAGAGUUGGUGUCUGUCACGCAUCGGUGUCUAGAGUUAGCAAUUGAAGCAGUCAGGCCAGGUGUCCGCUACAGAGAGCUCGGAGACAUCAUACAGAAACACGCUCAGGCGAACAAGUACUCGGUGGUUCGGACGUACUGCGGUCACGGCAUUCAUAGGUUAUUCCACACCGCACCGAGCGUACCUCACUAUGCAAAAAACAAGGCUACGGGUGUGAUGAAACCGGGACAUGCAUUCACCAUUGAACCAAUGAUAUGUGAAGGUUCCUGGAGGGACGUGACCUGGCCAGACAACUGGACAGCGGUCACUCAGGACGGCAAACGGUCAGCCCAGUUUGAGCACACGCUACUGGUCACCCAGACGGGAUGCCAGAUCCUUACGGCGCGGCCCGAACCCAACAGACAGCCACAUUUUAUGGAUCAGAUGUAGAAACUAAAAAUAUCUACCGAACUUGCAACUGUAACCUAGGACAGUACAAUGUUGAUUUGAAAGGUGUUGUGUAGUGCUAUGUAGUUCGUACAACACUAAAGCCGGUUCAUACUUCACGCGAAAGCGAAAGUAUGAACCGGGCUUAAGAUCCUUGUUUUCAUUUAUAUGGACAUGUGGGUCAUUCCA